UAUCUAUAUAUAUUUAAUGAUAAUUCCAUUUUGAAAGGUAAAACAAGCGAGCUACCCAUUCAUCCUCCAUGUCUGCAUUACAAAAAUUUUCAAGGGGACCUUAACAAUGGCUUUUCAUCUUCUUCCCCCACCUGCCACCAAUCUAUUCUUCUAUUUCUUUACUUAAAUUCCAUUAUUCUUCUAGGUGCUUGUCCAGUUCACAUCCUUCUCCCACAUAUUCUCCCCCCACCAUUGAAGCAAAGCUAAAGCAGACUUCAAUUCUUCUCUUCCCACUUUCUUCUUUUUCUCUCUCUCUUUUUGCACUUUUUUUUUCUUUCUGGGUAUCUGUGAUUUGUGUUCUUUUUUGUUUUGUUCUUUUUUUUUUUGGGUUUAUAGAUUUUUGUGCUCUUCUUUGAGAUCUGCUUCAAAAUGGGUUUCUCCCUUGGUACUUGUUCUAUCCAAAGGGAGACCCCUCUUGAGUUAGAUCAUCACCAUUGUCGCUAUAAUGAGCUUAAGAUUAAAACCCUUUUGAGAAAAAUGAUUUGGGAACUUGGGUUCGCGUGUAUUCUUCCUCCUGCUCGUUUUCGCCGCAAAAAUCAGGGUAUUCAAGAUGAAGAACACCCAAAUGUGGAGGGGCAAAACAAGAAUCUAGAGCAUAAUAAAGCUUGGUUGCUUGCGGAGUCCGGUGCUGGUGGUGGGGAAUUGUUAAAUACUGAUCCACAAUCGGUUCAUUCGUCUUUCCGGUUCAGUUUUUGCUCUCAGGUUGAACUUGAAACCAUGAACAUCGGCUCUUCAACCACUGCAGCAACUGUUUUAAUGGUGAAUUUGGAUAAUGGUAUGAUGGCUGAAGCUCUCACCAAAGAAUUGAAAUGGCGGAGGAUUGAGUCUCUAGAAAAGAGCAUUUCCCCUGUGGCUCAUACUUUGAUUAGAUUCAGAUAUCGCGAAAUUCUUUCUGCAACCCGCAAUUUCUCAAAAGGCAGAGUUUUGGGAAGAGGGGCCUUAAGCUGUGUCUUCAGAGGAAGGGUUGGGUUUUUGAGAACCGCUGUGGCAAUCAAACGUUUAGACAAGGAAGAUAAAGAAUCUGCAAAGGCAUUCUGUAGAGAAUUAAUGAUUGCUAGCUCUCUUCAUAACCCAAAUAUAGUUCCUCUUGUUGGGUUUUGCAUAGAUCCAGAAGAGGGUCUGUUUUUGGUUUAUAAAUAUGUUUCUGGUGGAAGUUUAGAAAGGCAUUUGCAUGAGAAGAAGAGGGGAAUGAAGGGUCGUUUUUCUCUUCCCUGGUCAGUAAGAUUCAAGAUUGCUCUUGGAAUUGCUGAGGCUGUGGCUUAUCUUCACAAUGGGACUGAAAGAUGUGUUGUUCAUAGAGACAUCAAGCCUUCAAAUAUUCUUCUUACAUCCAAGAAAAUGCCAAAGUUAUGUGAUUUCGGGUUAGCAACAUGGACUGCUGCUCCAUCUGUGCCUUUCCUUUGCAAAACUGUCAAAGGAACAUUUGGUUACCUAGCUCCUGAAUAUUUCCAACAUGGGAAGGUAUCAGAUAAAACAGAUGUCUAUGCUGUAGGAGUUGUGUUAUUGGAACUCAUAACAGGCAGGAAGCCGUUCGAAGCAAGGGCACAUGGAGAGGAGAACUUGGUUUUAUGGGCAAAGCCACUGUUGCAGAAAGGGAAAGGGGCGAUUACGGAGCUGCUUGAUCCACAGGUGACAUGUACGACAAAGAAUUCAAAUCAAAUAGUUCAAAUGAUCGAAGCUGCUGCUGCUUGCAUUACUGGUGAAGAAUCACGCAGGCCGGGGAUAUUAGAGAUCAUUGCUAUAUUGAAAGGGGAAGAAAAGGCGCCUCUGCCCUCCAGAUCAAAGAGGUACAGCUUCUUAGGACAUGGAUGUGUCACUGAUUGUUAUUCACAGUUUCAAAAUACAAACAGCGAGAUGACGGGUCAUUUAGCGUUGGCCAUGUCUGGACUACCCGAAUUUGAAGAUGACGAUUACCUUUUCUGUCGUUGAAAAAAUUACAAUACAAAAACAUUGCAUGACCAACUGAAAUAAGGAGAGAUUUUUUUCUCAUUUUGCUUGCUUUUGUACAUCUCUUUAGCUGAAUUAUUGACGUUAGAGUAUGGGAAGGAAAAAAAAAAGAGAGAGAGAGAGGUGAAACUGUAAAUAGGAUCAUUUUGUAUAGAUCUUCGAUGUACUUUUCCCCAUUUUCCAUGGAGGAAAUGUAAUUAAUUUUCAUUUGAAACUUCAGUGUCUUUUCA